AUGACUGUGGAGAACGACAAACCAGACACGGCAACUUAUACCUUCAAUGAGACACUCUACCAACGGGCUCGAGUCAUCCAGUCCAUUGCAUCUAUUUUGACAAUCCCCAUAACGUCAGCUGUGUGUUCUGCUGCGGCUGUUGUUUUCGUACAACGCCACGGUAAAGCAUCCAAUAUAACCAUGCAACAACUUCUCGUCCUCGCAGACAAAGGCUGGACUGAUACUGGCUUGUACUCUCAGCUUUUUAAAAACCCACAACGGUGGUGGCGCGGCUAUUGCAGCUCAUUUCUGCUAGUUGCAAUUGUGCUUCACAUUGUGGGAGGCCUUGUCUCUCCGCUUCAAGCAUUGCUCAUCUCUUCCAAGACAAUCAAGGUCGUGGGAAGCCUCUCUGAGAUUAUGGUCUACGACAUUUUUGCUGAACCUCUGACCAAAAACGCGGUCUCGAUGUUGAGCGCAGCUUUGAUAAACAGAUACGACACCCAAGUCUGGCCCUCGGCCAAUACCAGCAGUGCAGCUGGCGAAGCAAACUGUGACUGGAGCAUGACGCUAGCUAAUCUUCACACGAUGGCCGACCCAUUUCUCACACCGUUGCCGAUGGGUUACAAUACUGGGGUACUCAGACAGUUCGCUCCUCGCAUCAACUCAAGCGCCAUAGUGACUUACAUAAACUCUUCUGAAUAUCCAUCCAACUGCUCGGGGCCAUAUUAUGGCCUUCACGCCCAGUAUAGUGGUGUUGGAUGGGGAAUAGAAAUAUGUUACCCCGUCAGCUUGAGCAAGAAAGAUAAUUCCAGUGAGUCGCCAUGGAGAAACACUCGAGCCCGACAAGAGUUCAUCGAAGUACUAUAUAUCAACCUCACUCUUCAAUGCAUCGGUGACACUGGGCCAGAGCCAAGGACUGUGUCGGAUGACCUUUGUUUGGAAACAAUCCUCAUGAAAAUCACAGCUCGCACAACUGGAGGCUGGUUUGAGCUACCCAACUAUUUGAACGCCGGAGUGCCAGGACCAUUGCAGACAAAAGAUCCAGUCGCGCUGGGCUAUGGAUCAGUGUGGCAGGCUGUCAAACUCAGGUACUUUGCUUACAACGAUUUCUAUUAUAAUCGAAGAUGGUCUUCGAACCGUCUUGCUGAGCGAGACUGGCAGACAAGGCAGAGCCCUGGGCCCCUCUUAAUCAUGGCGUGGGCUAUGUUUGCUGCGCCUAGCUCCUACGUGGCAACGUGUACCACUUCAUUGAAUGACGCAGAAUUGAAACACAAAUCGAGCUCCAUUGACGCCAGGUUCUGCUCAAGUCCCCCCCUUGUUGACUUUUUACCUCCGCGAGAUCCUUACUCAGACUUUGAUUCCGCAAUUUAUCCGCCAAGCAAUACCAGCCGGGACUUCCGCAACUUUUUCACCUGGCUAGCCAUGCUCAAGGGGAACAAUGAAACUGAUACUUCAUCACUUAGCAGAGCAUUUACCAGUGGUCUGUUCAUUGCCAAUGAAGUAUGGAUGGAACACGUUCAAGUCAGCGGCAGAUAUCACACGGUGAGUGUUUACUCGGAUCCUGGGCGGGACACAGUAGUGCCAAAUAUUUCCUUUGGUGGCAUGAUUGCUAUAUCGGUAUUGCUGGCCAUAUAUCUCGCUGCCCUGUUGUUGAUUGCGAGCUACGCAGCCAUGUUUCCAAGGUGGACACAAUCGACGAACGGGUUCGCGAUGAUGAGGAUUGGAUCUGCGAUUGCCGAGAAGGUCCCCCUUACGGGUGACCUAUCGAGAGGAUGA